AUGGUUCUCACAAGAUACAUGCUCCCGGUUCUUGCAGCCGCAGGUGCUGCUCUCGCUCAAUGUGAGGGCCCUAUCAAUAUUCAACAUCAAGGAGAUGCUGAAGCAAUUGCUGAAUGCUCUAUCAUCGAGGGCGAUGUGCUUAUUGGCUCUUCGGUCUCUGGCACGCUCGCCAUCGACGGCGUUGAAGAAAUUACCGGCGAUCUCACAUGCGUCAACGCUACGCAACUCACCUCACUCUCGGCUAACAAUCUCGCAACUAUUGGCGGCAAGUUCGAGCUCGAAGAGCUUCAGAUUCUGUCAACCUUAGCAUUCGACUCGCUUACCGAAGUUCUUACAAUCCAGUGGAUCGCUCUACCAGCCCUGCAGUCCCUCACAUUCAACCGCGGUGUUUCGACGGUGACCAAUAUCCUUGUCAGCAACACUGGCCUGACGUCCCUUAAUGGUCUUGAGCUGGAAACCGUCGGGUUGAUGGACAUCAACAACAACCGAUACUUGGAUACGGUGGAUGUGAACAACAUGAGGAUUGUCAACACGUCAAUUUCAUUUGCCGCCAAUUCUCGGACCCUCGAGAUCAAGCUCCCCAACCUGCAACAAGCGGCCAACAUGACCUUUCGUAACGUCAGCGAUGUACAGGUCCCUUCCCUUUCGUAUGUCAAUGGCUCAAUCGGCUUCUACUCAAACACUUUCGAAAGCAUUUCAUUGCCAAACCUGACUGAGACUGGCCAAGCUCUUGUGUUCCAGGACAAUAUGGGACUCUCCAACAUCUCCGUACCACAGAUCAUCCAGAUUGGUGCUGCCUUGAAUAUCAACAACAACCCUGAUCUGUUGGUAAUUGAUGGGUUCCCAGCGCUCGAAACAGUUGUUGGAGCUCUAGACUUUAGUGGCGUUUUUGACGAAGUUAAUCUACCAGCUCUAAGUGAUGCUCGCGGUGGUUUCAAUAUGCAAACGACUAGUAGCACUUUCACCUGUGACGGAUUCGACGACCUUCGUGACAGGGAUAUCGUCAAGGGCGUCUACACAUGCGCCGGAUCUCAAGAGACUCCAGGUGGUCUUGGCACCAAUGCCGAUAGCUCCGGAAACAAUUCCAGAAGCGCCGCUCCAACCACUUUCAAUCCUGACAUGCCUACGUACAGCGUUUUCGGGCUUAUUGCUUUCUUGUUCAUGCUGUGA